CAUUGACUUUCCAGUGAGUUGAUGUGGGAUGAAUGCAAUUUGUACUUCAUGAAGCCAUCAUACUCCGGCUCGACAGUCGACUGGAGCUCUUCGACUCGAAGCGAAUCCCUUCAUGGACAGCUGGGAUGGCCCCAGCAGAUCAAGGCUGUCACGCUGCCUUUAGCAGCAACACAUACGGAAGGUUUUUGUGCAUCUCGAAGAUAAGCAAAUCGACCAUCUGCCCUCUUUCCCUGUUCACGGGCUUUGCUGUUCGACACGAGGCCCUCGAAUCAAAGCUGUGAACCUCGUCGAGGGGGAUGAAAUAGCCAUCAGUUAGCAAUUCUCCCCCUUUGAAUAACCCUAUUGCUUUGCCAUGCGCUUCUUUCUCGUCGCUGCGGUGGCUGUGAUUGCCCUCAUUUCCAGCUCCACUGACGCGCUUGCUGAGACCUCAAACGCUGUCAACUCGGUGAACGACAACCAGGGCUUCGCUCGUUCGCUGCGAAGCCACACGACCAGCACGGAGGAGCGUUCGGUUGCAGAUAUUCUCAGUGAGGUUGAUGAGGAGGACCGCGCAGUGUGGACCGUUAGUUACCGUGCUUGGUACAACGCCAAGCUGACGCCGACGCAAGUUAAGACGGUGUUGGGCGUCUCCCAAGCGGAAAUGAACAAGGUUGCGAGGCAACUCCAGCAGCUUUACCUCGGUUACUUCUCGUUCUACACCGCCAUGGAGAAGAGGAAAGAGGAGAAGAAGAGGCUGGCCACACCGUAGUUUCUAUCGAGUGAGAGAAAUUUCGGUCACGACUUAAUCGAAAGUAAUAUUUCGCGUGUGUAAAGAAAAAGAAAGCGUCCUUGAGAUGCUUUCGUGUAUGUACCUAGUCUCGGCUUCU